AUGAACUCCGUACAGAACCACCCUGCCACUCAAAAUGCGCUGGAUACCAUCCAGAACGGCCCCGUUGCGCAGAAUGUCAAGGAGCAGUCCGCCAAGACUUCCUCAGAGUUCCGUGAUCUUGCCGAUGCUCGCACGACUCCUGACCAGCCGGCCGCUACUGGCCAGCCGUUGACCCACUACCACUCCAUGUUCUACCGGCUCUUGAGCUGGAGAAAUCCUCGCGCCACCGCCAUCUCCUUCCUUGUGUCCGUCCUUCUCAUCUUCGCUACUCGAUACCUGCCCAUCCUCCGUUGGUUCUUCAAGGGCGCCUACAUCGUCACUGGCAUUACCGCCGCAGCCGAAAUCCUCGGCCAGGCUGCCUUUGGCAAUGGUUUCGCUACUCAGAUCCGCCCUCGCAAGUACUACACGGUCGACAAGGCCUCUCUUGAGCGCUUCACCGACGACAUCGAGCAAUUGAUCAACUUUUUCGUCAUCGAGUUCCAGCGGAUAAUCUUCGCCGAGAACGUCUACGUCACGCUUGCUGCUUUUGCCUCGGCCCUGAUCUCCUACUUCCUCAUCAAGGUCGUCCCUCUUUGGGGCCUCUCGCUCAUUGCAACCUCCAUCAUCUACCUUGCCCCUCUCAUCUACGUCAAGAACAAGGACGUCAUCGACGAGCAGCUGAACCGCACCGGCCAAAUCGUGCGCCGCCAGACGAACCAGAUGCGCGAGGCCGCCGCCCAGCAGACCAGCCGCGCCACCGAGACCGUCAAGACCUACGCUGAUGAGUACAGCCACAAAGCUCAGGACCUUAUCGGCCAGGCCAAGCGUCGUGCUAGCCGCCAGACUUCUCCGGAGGCGAUGAAGGGCGAUUCGGACAACAGCUCCAGCUCCGUCCGCGCUGAUGACUUCCCGACUGCGCCCCGCCAGGAGCCGGUUGGUGGCGAGGGCCUUGGCAGGGCUGAGGACUACGACCGCGCUGAGGGCUUUGGCAGGACUUCGGGCCUUGAUAGGUCGGAGGGCUCUGGCAGAGCUGAGGACCUUGGCAGGCGUGAGGAGAUUGGUGGGCCGAUCUUUAAUAGCGCUUGA